UACAUACUUCUCACAUUCGGUAUAAUUACACAAACUAACAGUAUUCGCAGUGUGUUGUGCAUUAUUUUGGUAAAUCAAUACAACAGUACGAAAGAAAACGGAGAGUGCGCAAAACUAGCGAGUUCAACGCAUUAAAGAAGACAUGCCGCAAAAUAAUCAACGAUCCAACGGAGGAGGCGGUGGUGGCGGAGACGAUCAAUUGGGCCCACCAAAGGCUGACUUUAGCGCUCCACCUCCAUAUGAGCCCGCCACGAUCUAUACUGGCGGUCAGCAAGUAGCGCUGCCGCCUCAGUUGCCCUCACUGGGGCUGACCUCUCACGCGUCUUCGGAGGCACAGCAGCAGGACAAUGCACUGGUCGAGCACAAUGCACAACAGCUGUCGCAGGAGCUGCACGGCAAGCUGCCCACCUACGAGGAGGUGCAAAUGGAGAAGUCACUAAACGGAGAGCUGCCUCCCGCAUUCCUCACGCUGUCCAACACACAGCAGUUGCCACCGCCGCCGAAUCCAUUGUUGCCGCCGAAUCCGCUACGCGAUGGUGCUGCCGCCGUACGUGCCGCUCAACCGGCACUCACAUUCAUUGCCAUCGAUGCAUCGGACCCAGAGAAUAGUCUGUCCACUACAGACAAUCUGCUGGGCACAGACAUCAUGUUCAUCACGGCCUUCAUGGUGGCCUUUCUCUUCAACUGGAUCGGUUUUCUGAUGCUCACUUGCUUCUGUCAUACAAUUGCGGCUCGUUACGGUGCCCUCUCCGGCUUCGGGCUGUCGCUGGCCAAGUGGACGCUCAUUGUGAAGCACUCCACGGAUCUGGCCUCGCACGAGAACACUUGGUUGUGGUGGCUUAUCAUGGCCUUUGGCUUCUUAAUAUGCGUCCGUGCUAUCAUCCAGUAUGUUAGCAUCAAGCGCACCUGGCGCUUGCUCUCGGCCCCGGCGCAGGAGCGUCUCCUGUUCUUUUACUAAGCCUGAAGGCCGCUAAAAACGAAGUGCCGGUCUAUUUGUAAAUAUGUGUUUGACUAAAGGAGGUGAUGGAGGUGAGAAGAUAGAAAGUCCUCCUCGAUGUUUAUUCUUUUUUGUUCGAUGAAGCACAGACACACACAUAAAUCAAUGCGGACUUUUUAUGGGUUAGUGUUUCUCUAGUUAUUACGUUAAAUAGCGCAACUUAGUCCGCAGAGGGCGACAAAAGUAAUUUAAAAAGUUAGGUACACAUAUAUGUAUGUCAGAAAUGUAGCUAAAGCCGAGAAGUUCGCACUCAGUAGUUGAGUAGAAAGGGGUUGCCCCUUUAGCUGUUCGAGCCUUUCAUUAUUUUAUGUACAUGUUUAAUGUCACUGUUGUUGCUUCUCACAUACAACACCUAAAGAUGCCCAUAUGUAUGCAAAUAUGUACAUAUGUAUGUACAUAUAUGCUAAACACAAGUGGUGUGUAUGCUAAAAAAAAUUAAUCUGUUAAACCUUCUUCAAUGCUGUGGUACUUAAGAUUUCACAAACUACGCUGGCAGCAAAGUUCAUAAUACUACCUAACUACUUAUAAGUACAAUUAUCAAAUUUAUAUCUAAUUAUUAUGUUCAUAUAGAACAAGAAACAAAAGCAUUGCAAGAGCUUUGCCGUGCAUGUGCGAAUGCGAGAAAAUCGGCAAAUACGAUAAAUAAAAUUGUUAAACGUAUGCACUAUCAUAGUUACCGAUGUCUGCUGUAUAUACAUACAUAACUAAGUGUCGUGUGUACAAAAAA